UGUGCAGUUUGUUAAAGAUGUGACGUUUCAUGAUGUUGACCGUCUUAAAGCACCAGCCGAACCAGGUUCUGGUUCGAGAGCCCAAAACUCCAGGAGAAGUCAGAGAAAUCUCUCUGCACCAAUCAGGAGACGCGGUCAGGAUAAUGACAGGUCUCAUAGCCAAUCAGAGGAGGUUAUUCUUCACGGUGGGUUGGACUUGUUGCCGGACUUGGUAUAAUGUUAUCCACAGCUGUUUUCUUUUUUUUUUUUUUUCUUGGUUUUUGGAGUCCAAUCGGAACACGGAGAGGAUUCUCCAGUUUUUAACUCAUUUACGGACAGAGAAUUAAACUUUUACCGUAACGUGUCAGAGGGUUUGAUGUUCCGUGCGUGUUAACUCUAGGUUAGCAUUAGCUGCAGCUUGUUUUUGUUUUUAAACUUUAUCCCCGGGCCCGGCUCGUGCUGCCGUCUCGUGCUGGUAGCCAUGAGGACAGUGGGGUUCGGCAGCGGCCGUGACGGACGUGCGGCUCCGACCCAAAACUCUCGGGAGGGUUCGGGGUUUCUUUGAAUGGAGUCUUUUUUGUUAUUAGUUAGUUUGUUUCUAUGUGAAAACAGCUGAGGUCCGAGCGGCGGCGGGGGACACGGCGCAGAGGACAAAAAAAUAAACCCGAACCGUCCGAACCUCCUGAGGCGGUUCUGGUGAGGUUCUGUUCUUUAUUAUUUUGGAGAAAAGCAUCCAAAGUGUUUGCUUCCUUCUUUUUAUUCACGUGAGGAAAAGAAAAGGCUUUAAAAAGAGAAGAGGACACUGCAGGACGAAGUUGACAAAGAGCGUUCUGGACGCUUUUACGCACGCGCGCGGCGCGGCGCGCUCCCUUUGAUGUGGAGUUUUCCUUUGAAAGUCCGAGAGUUUGAUCCGCCGGAGCCGGAGGAUGGUGGAGAGCCGGGGCUGCGUCCAGAGGGAGGAGGUGUACCGCUGGUUCUCCUGCCUCACCUCCGCCCAGAGAGCGGAGUUCCUGUGCGGCCUGCUGGACCUCUGCGUCCCGGUGGAGCUCCGGUUCCUCGGCUCCUGCCUGGAGGACCUGGCCCGCAAGGACUAUCACUCCCUGCGGGACGCGGAGAUCAAGGCCAACAACCCCGCGGACCUGUCGGGCCUCACCAACAUCACGGACGAGGUGGUGCGCAGCAAGCUGCUGGUGUCCCUGGCCCUGCUGGGCUCGGACAGCCGGGAGGCCGCGGGGGUCCUGUACCGGACCCUGACCCACAUAGACGCGGUGAUAAACAACUACGGGCUGGCGCUGAACGACGGCAGGACGGAGGAGCAGUUCCUGCUGCUCUUCACCAUGGCCUCCAACCACCCGGCCUUCAGCUUCCACCAGAAGCAGGUGCUGAGGCAGCAGCUGGGUCAGAUCCAGGACAUCCUGCAGGUGAACCGAGGAGGAGGAGAGGUACCAGCUGCAGGGCCCGGCUGUGAUCAACCUGCCGUUCCUCACCUUGACCGCCAUCAGACCGCGUUCGUGCCUCACGCCGCCGUGUCCCCCGCUGCUUCCUCGCCGCCCGGCUCCGCCUCCCUGUCGCCCGGCUCCGCCUCCCUGUCGCCCGGCUCCGCCUCCCUGUCGCCCGGCUCCGCCUCCCUGCCGCCAGCCGCCUGUCAGCCCUGCAGCUCACCCUGCACCUGCUGGAACAAGAACCAGAACCGAGAGCCCCCCUCGGGUUCAGAGUCCGGCUCCGGAGCUGCUUCAGAACAAGGAGACCAAACAGUUGGCCGGGAGCUCGCCUCCCCUCGCCCGGACCUCCGCUCUCCACCGUCCACGCCGACCCGCCUGCCGCCGGCGCUGCCCGCCGCCGGGCCGGGUCACGAGGCGCAGGCGAAGACCCACCAGGGAAGAGCGGGGAAAGUGAUAGAACGGGUGAUGCUAAGAAGAGUGACGCACAAGUCAGAGGACGCCAGAGAAUAUGUGUUUGAGGUCAGCUGUUCUGAUGGUUUCGUGUCGACUGUGGUCAAAACCCAGCAGGAGGUGGCAGAGUUGAUCUCUCAGCUGUCGCAGGAGUUUCCUGAUGAAGGACUGGAGAAGUUCUUCCCUCAGUCCUUAGAGGUCACCUCCAGGUAUGUCCCAGCCCUGCCUGGCCACGUCGUCCAGCUCCCUGCCGUCCAGCUGUUCUUCACCUCCAACGGGCCUCUGUCCCCCGGCUGUCCCUCGUCUCCCCCGUCAUCGCCCCUCACUGCAGCCCCAGCCUGCCCGUUCACUUCCAGCUCCAGUCUCGGCUGCAUGCUGCAGUACAGAGGAGCCAACAGGGCGGUGUACAGGGUGGCCAGCGUUCAGCCCGUCGUCAGCACCCACAGCUCCGUGCUGACCCGCUCCACUCCUCACCUCCUGCCUCCCCCGCUUCCUCCCCCGCAGCCUCACGCCGCCCCCACAAGGAGCUCCGCGGUGGCGGCGGGAGGCGACGCCCCCUCCCAGACGCACCACCCCUACCCUCUGCCCCCUUACCCUCACCUGCAAACCAGCAGCCAGCCCGUUUUGCACCUGUCUCAUCUCCAGCCCCGCUCCCCGUCCCAAACAGCCCCGCCGAUCCACUCCCAGCCCGGCUCUCCGGAGCAGAGCGGCAUCCUGGACUGGCUGCGCCGGCUUCGGCUGCACAAAUAUUACCCCGUCUUCAAACAGCUCACUAUGGAAGAGUUUUUAGGGCUGACGGAAGAGGACCUCAACAAGUACGACCUGACCCAGGGGGCAAAAAAGAAACUCAAAACCCAACUGGAGCUCCAAAAAUCAGCAGACAGGGAGAUGAAGAUGGAGAAGCGACCCUGCAGUGGCAUCGCCCGGGUGACCCCCUCCAGUCACAUGGGACCCCCAGGUCAUCUGUCAUCCUCUGCAG